GUGACAGCAGUUUGUCCCCCCCCCGUGUUGUCAGGCGAUGAACACAGCUCGGAUUCACGACCAACAGAAGCUGAAGUCCUUCUGGGAGCAGAAGAUCGAGCAGCACAGCGAGCAGAGGGACGAGGAGGAGGACCGCAGGAGGAGCAGCGCUUUGGCACGGCUGAGGGAGCAAUGGUUAGUCAGGUUGGAUCAGCGGAAUCAGCACCAGCAGAGUUUCUUCGAGGAGAGACUCAGACGAGCUCAGAAAGCUCAGCAGAGCCUCAAGAAGCUGGAUUCCCCUUGACACCAGCAGAUCAAGCCUCAGAGGUCUGCAGCAACUCCUCCGCCUGUCAGCAAUCGGCUUGCAGGUGAAGAGCAGCUGUCCGGUGUUUUGCAGAGUUGUGCAUUUGUGAAGCUGACAUCUUUUUAUACACCUUGACAUGAAUAAAGAUAUUUUGAAUUGAAAGGAAAAAAAACACUUUAUUCACU